AUGUCGACUUCACCACUUCCACCAGAUCCAUACACGGCUCUUGAUGUGCCCAAGGACGCAGACGAAGCCACCAUAAAAAAAGCUCAUCGGAAGCUGGUGCUAAAGUAUCAUCCGGAUCGCAUCAAGGAUCCUGCCUUGGUAGAACAAGGAAAGACUGAAUUUCAAAAAGUGCAGCAAGCCUACGAACUACUCAUCGAUCCAUCAAGGCGGCAGAGAUACGACGAUGAAGUCAAGCUUGCGCAGUUGAGGAGGGAGCGCAUGGAGGGACGAGACUCUCGCGAACCACCACCGCGUCCUACGUACACGAAGACUACUUACGCUGCUCGACCAUCACCAGCACCCACUCAGCCUAUGCCGCGUGAGACACCCAUACCACGAUCAACUCCUCGCGACGAAUACCAGUCGGAAUCACGAUAUUCUUACGAGGAUCGCGUGCCGGAUUCCUACUUCGACAUUCCUAGCUCGAGGUAUGAGGAGCCACCUUUGCCGCGUGGUCAUCCGCGAAAAGAAUCCUCCCACGAAAGACGAACGUCUACGCAGAAAGUCGGCGAGAAGAAGGAGGACAAGAAAGCCAAAGUCAGUGCGUGGGAGAAAGCCGGUGCUGGGUUCACCUCGAGGGCGGCUUCGAGUCUCAAGGCAAAGGCAAAUCAGGCAAGGGAAAGCGCACGAGAAAGCGUGCACAAAAAGGCUGAAAAGGUCCAUGAGAAGAUGCACCAUGCAAAAGAUCAGAAAACACGAGAUAAAGACGAGAGAAGGGAGCGAACCGAGAAGCAAGCUUAUGCAAGAUAUGCUCCUCGUGUGGAUGACCACUCUGAUGCCAGCAGUGAGAGCGACAUCCCAGUGGGCCCUCGACGGGGUGCAGCGAGCGAGAGGAGUCCUGCCCCCAGCCCUAAAGCUAGACGACAGCCGUCUCCUGAACCGCCAAGGAAGCGCCAGCAAUCACCCAGACCACGACAGCCUUCCCCUAGACCUCGCCAACCUUCACCUAGGCUGGGACGAAGAGAUGAGGCAAAAUCGUACUUUGACGAUGAAGGUUACGGAGAUAGUCCUGAAAGCGACACCGAGACGGAAGCAGACAAAUGGGAGAGGCUGCAUCGUGACUCUCGAGAUUACAUCGCAGCAUCGCAGAAGACUCGUGAUGGGCUUCGACCUACUAUGUCUCGGCAGAACUCGGCCGACAUCCACAAAUUUUGGACCAAAAAAGAGGCAGACAUAAAGGAUCAUCGACGAAGUGGAAGCGACAGUGACCGUGCACGGCCUGACAGUUCGCACAAAUCACAUAGGAGGAGCGGCACGGCUGAGUACUCUGAGGACAGACCUCGACCUCCCCUCCCAACACAGUCUUCUGCUCCAGCUGGCAUCAGGAAGACUGCUGCAACUCUUGAUCGAGACCAGUCGAGCAAACUGAGACAGAACAGUUAUGAUGCGCGGGACGUUCGACCUCGUAGACGAGACUUCGCCGACAGAAUCCCGCAGCUAACACGAGCUGCUAGUGACCAGAUGCACCUUCGAACGGCGUCCAGAAGAGACACUGCUCCACUCAAAGGUUCGUCCUUGAAGCAGACCGAGACAAAUUACCACCAUGACUCGACGUACUCGAGUGGUUCCAGUCCACAGUCCCCAGAGACUCGCGGGGACAGUCGUAGCCCUCCCAGAGAGUCUCGCGAACGAGACAGAGAACCGAGACUGCGAGAGAGCAAGACCACCUAUCGGGCUCAAAAGGAUCCAAUGGUAGAUGGCGUGCAUCGUGCACAAAAGCUGGCCAACGAGAAUCAGAAAGCUUUCCCAUCGGAUGAAGAUGGCGGAGGACUUCGAAAAUGGUUAAGUCCCGACGACAUAGUCACCAACAAAGGAAGCGAAGAGAGACACGAGCAAAGACGAUCACGAUCACGAGAAGCAGAGGUUCGUUCCACUACUAACAGACCGCAGAUGGAGCGCAGACCUUCAGUCAGCCGCAAUGCCUCAUCCUCACGCCACGAAGAAAAGCCAACAAGACCGAAACUCUUUGGAGAAAGAUCGCCUGAGCGGAGUGGUAGUUACAUGCGAAAAGUUGAUCCCAAAGACGCUGUGUAUAGCAAUCAUCAUCACAGACCGCCGAUGUUCUCAAAGCAUACCAGCAGGGAUGAGUACAUGAGUCAGCCACUCCACCAUCAUCGCAGGAGACCCUCGGUGUUUUAG